AUGGCAGGGCAGUGGCGCUGGAAUGCAAGCACGUCGCGCUGGGAGAAGAAGGGCAAGCAGCAGCAGCAGAGCAGGGCGUACGUCGUCUGCGAAGCGUGUUCACGCUGGAAGUGGGCGGACCGCCUCAAGAAAGAUCCGCUGUGCGUUUGUGGCCAGGUUCUUGGCCAUGAUCCUGCUGCUGCCCAUGAUGAAUCUACACGCAAGUACACCAUCGAUGACUUCAUCAAGUUGCUCCAAGAACGGGGAGGUGAGUUUGCUCUCCCGACGUUUGCCAGCCGCGUCAAGGAGACCGUCACCGUCAACGCCGCCAACGGGCCCUCCCAGAAGUCCCUCAGCGAGUCCUUCAAGCUGCGCCAGGAGGCAGUGGAGAGGGCUGCGAGGCACAAGGAUGCUGCAGAUCAACGAGUUCAGCAGCUCCGAGAGCAACUUGACGAGGCCGUCCAAGCCCAGACGGCCGCUGCCACGGCCCACGAGGAGGCCAAGGCAGCAGCAGCGGCCGCGGGCCGCGCCUAUGCAGCCUUUGUGGGCCAAGGAGGUCCAGGUGCUGCAGCAGAAGCAGAUGAAGACAAGUCCAUGGCCAGCGAGGGAUCCAAUCUCAGCGACCUCGACGACCUGGACGAGGGUGACUACGAGGUCAUGCGCCAGGCAGCGCAGGCCAAGCCGAAGCUCCAGCGCCUGUUCGCCAAGGUCGAGGAGCGCGCCAAGAAGAAGGCUCGCCGUGGCGCCAGGCCGCCAGCCGGGGGCGGAGCCCCCCCGCCCGCCGCCCCAGGCGACCACGGGCCUGCGGCCUGGCAGCCCAUGGCGGCGGCUGCAGCGGCGGAGCUCCAAGCGAACGCCCGCGCGGCCGCCAACCAGGCCGAUAGGGAGAUUCUCAGGGAGAUCAUCGCCUUCAUUAGGGUCAUGCGCAUGCCUUACAUUCUAGGAGGUGAUUUCAAUAUGGACCCGUCUGUCAUAGAGGGGGCCAACAUCCUUGAGUACAUGAAUGGCACGAUCAUCGUGCCCGACAUUCCCUAUACCAAUGCGGUGACCAAAACCAUGAUCGAUUAUUUUAUUGUUGAUGAUCGUUUGGCUACGAGCAUCACCGUCGAGGGGCACCUGGAGGGCCCCUGGAGCCCGCAUUACGGGCUGACCUUGACGUUGGAAGUUGAGGUUUUUACCAAGCAGAUAUGGGCCCUUGAGCGGCCAGCCCCCCUCCCACGGGCCCUGGGACCAGCACGGCCGUGGGCGGACUACUUCGGGAAGGCUUUCCUCCAGGUCCAGGGGCCCCAGUAUGCGCAAUAUCCGACGUGUUUUGGACACCAUGAUGAGAUACUCACGCACACCUUUGCAGUUCUCUGUAGGGCAGUAGAGAUUCAGCAGCGAGGUAUUGCAGUUUCCGACAUCGAGUAUCAGGCGGGGCUUGUGCCGCGUUUCGCCUGGAAGCCGCUCCUGCCGCCAGCGCCCAAGGAGGGCCGCACCAAGUCGGCCUCCAGCCAGUGGGCCACGCUCGGCAUCCGCGCCAAGGAACGGGACCAAGCUAGAGAUGAUAGCGCACACUUUCAGAGGCUGCAGGAGUUCUUGGGGCAUUUCUUUGACAAGAUCCCCCAUCCUGAACUAUCACCAGAGGAUUCUUGGGCUCUUGAGGCUUAUCUUGGGGGUUACUCCGACAAGGACACACAGGCUAAGGGGCUGGAGAUCAUAGAUCGGGUCCAGCACAACUUCCACCACUCUGAGCUGAUAGAGUCUAAGGCAAGGAUGCAGGCUUUCGCCCAAGAGUUGUUUGAUGGCCUCCAGUUCGACCUUGGCCGCAGGUGGACCAGCCCGUGCGGGCAACAGUACCACAUCAAGCCAGGUAACGGCGAGACCAGUCCCGCCACGGGCGACCAGUCCGCUGUCAUAGAUAUUUUCACCGCGCGCAUCACCCAGAAGUACUGGGGACAGGAACAGACGAUCGGGUUUUUAGCAUCCAGACCUAGGAACAGCCAGGUGUACGGUACGGGCUGCCUUCUCACGGGCCGCUACAGUUUCACCGAGACCAGGCUGAUCGGCACGGACGGGUCAGGUGAAAUUACCGCUGCCAUAUACGCCUUGGCCCUUGAAGGGCCCAUCGUCAUCGUUACCGACAGUGAUUAUCUCAUGAAAGGCGUCCGCAGGGGAGAGCAGUGGAAACAUAAAAACAAUACCGACUUGUGGUGUCUCUUUUGGCAGGCCUAUAAUGACAGGACCCACCACGUCGCCUUUAAGAAGACCAAGGCGCACGCCACGCUGAGCGACAUCAGCGAUGGCACCGUGCGCCCCGACUUUUACAUUGCCAACGUUGCCGCCGACGCCGUUGCGCGCAGAGCAGCUGAGUUUUUCGGAUUUACUGAGGAGGAGGUAUUGGAGGUCCAGGCCAGGGAUAAGGAGAUGCAGUUGAUCAGGAUGGGUUACGCAGGUGCAGACAUCGCGGGGCAUCGCGGCAGGAGCCUCACGAGCCCCACUGGGGCCCCGCACGAUGUGGCGGAGGUGCCCGGGGUGCUCCUCGAGGGCGCCCGCUUCUCUUCUCGGGGCUACGCCACCAUGCUGCCCCUGUGCGGCGGCACCGUCGUCAGCAGCGCCUCCGAGCUGAACUUCUCGUGGGCGGGCCUCGCGCUCUCGGCGGUGGCCGUCCUGCUGCGCGCGCUGAAGCAGAUCCUGCAGGGCAGGCUCCUCUGCGACGAGAGCGUGGACUCGGUGACGCUCUGCUACUAUCCAGUCGCGCUGCCGCGCGCCUUCCGCUCGGCGGGCAGGACCCGCGUCCAGAUCCACGGCGUCCCGCAGUUUCGGGCUCCCUUCCCCGCACCCCCGAGGCGCAGUGGGUGCAGUCGAGACCCACGCCAAGGAACACCCCCCCUUGCCUCCAGGGUGCCCUGGGUUUCCUGGGCGCCGAUGGUUUCUGAUCACGUAGAGCGUGACGUUGCCACACCAAGAGUCCAUCGACGUCCUGGGGUCUCAGGGUUGGGUUUCUUGUGGAAGGUUUCUUGUGGACUGGCCUCCACUGUAUGGAUAAACGUUUGGCCCCCAGAGGCAAGAUGCUUAUCCAUGAUCACUGCGUCUCUGCCUUCUGGCGCCCCUUCCCAGGAAAUCCAAGACGCAGUGGAUGCAUAUACACAUGUUGCCCACACGCUCGGUACCACCUAG